AUGCGAACGAAUCCCACGUUUUACGUUGGUCGUCUUAAGCCGUACCAUCAGUACGCUGCUUCUUCCGAUGAAGAACGCCCUUGCGCUCAAGCAUCUCGCAGAGAGCCUUGUGCUCCCGAAGGUGGCCAUCGACAAGGGUCUAAGAGCAGUUAUCUCAGCCCGAGACCGAUCAACAUCCCCACGAGAUACCCUUAUCUCGUCACGCAGAGACGUCAGAGCUCUCUCGUUCUCAAGCUGAGCAAAGGCAAACUCAGCUCGACGCUUCAAGACAGUGUCCGCCAUUUGGAGACGCCUUUCCCGCUCAUGUUCGAGAUCGUCGCGUAA